GGCGGCUGCAGGGCGGCAGCGGCAAGCGGCGGAGGAGAUGGCGCUCUCCGUGCCGGUCAACGGGCUGAAGGAGAGCGACAAGGAGCCCGUCAUCGAGCUCUUCGUCAAGGCUGGCAGUGAUGGGGAAAGCAUAGGAAACUGCCCUUUUUCCCAGAGGCUGUUCAUGAUCCUUUGGCUGAAGGGAGUGGUGUUCAGUGUCACAACAGUCGACCUGAAGAGAAAACCAGCAGACCUUCAAAAUUUGGCUCCAGGCACUCACCCCCCCUUCAUCACAUACAAUGGGGAAGUGAGAACAGAUGUGAAUAAGAUUGAAGAGUUCCUGGAAGAUGUUUUGGCUCCACCCAAAUACCUAAAACUUUCACCAAAGCAUCCAGAAUCCAACACUGCUGGGAUGGAUAUAUUUGCCAAAUUUUCUGCAUUUAUCAAAAACUCUAGACCAGAAGCUAAUGAAGCCUUAGAACGUGGCCUCUUGAAAACCCUCCAGAAACUGGACGAGUACCUGAACUCGCCCCUGCCCGACGAGAUCGACGAGAACAGCAUGGAGGACGUGCCCGUGUCCACGCGCAAGUUCCUGGACGGCAACGAGAUGACCCUGGCAGACUGCAACCUGCUGCCCAAGCUGCACAUCGUCAAGGUGGUGGCCAAAAAGUACCGCAACUUUGAGAUUCCCAAGGAAAUGACAGGGAUCUGGAGAUACCUGACGAAUGCUUACAGCAGGGAUGAGUUCACCAACACCUGUCCUGGAGACAAAGAAAUCGAAAUAGCUUACAGUGAUGUAGCCAAGAGACUCACCAAGUAAUCAGCACUUGCUGAAGGAUGACUUCCUGCAUAUUCCAUAACAAUGCUUCUAACAGACUGCUCCUUCCACAUAAGAUAUAGCAAUUUUUUUUUGCAUGAACUCGCAGUUAUUCAAAGUUACGGUGGAUAGACCAGGUACAGUAAUUACCUAAAGUUUGCAGGGUUAAUUAUAGGCUUGUUUUUCCUUACCUCCUUUGAAUAUCAUUAGUGCAGUCGUGUUGCACUGGGGGAACUCUGGAUUCUUCAGUGUGAAGGAUUGCCUUGCCCCUGUUGCUUUCCUCUGUAAACAUUUGGUCCCUGUCCAUGAAUUGGUUUAGGACACUGUCUCGCUGUAUGGUACAAGGAAUAUUUAUGUAUUUUGGAAUUUAUUGCUUUUCCAGAAGAUCUGUACACAGUUGUCAUACCUGUGACACGUUGAACUGUACCUGCUUGUCUAUCCUAUUUACAUAGAGAAGGGAACUUAUUAUCCAAAAGAGCCAUUUGCAGAAAAUUUGGAAUUUAUUUUUUUUUUUAAUUAGAAAAAAGAAAUCUCUUGGAUUUGAAGUCACAGUAGUGGUUGAGAAUGGACUCGAUGUGGAACUUGGAUUUGAAGGACCUCAGCAUCAGGGAAGUUUGAAUUUAGGCUUGAGUGCUGUAGCAGGAAGUUCAAAGCUCAGAGGUGGUUUUUAGUUGUGUCUUCAGGAGCUUGAUGAGAUCCAAACACCUACUUCUGUCCCGAAUUCUGAGUUGCAGCAGACAAAUACUUGUCAGGAUGCCCUUGGCCAUCAGGAAACAGCAGAAUUGGAAGCUGCCACCUGUUCACCUGAAAAAUUGCAAGUGGUUUCUUUUUGGUAGUUAAGAACCUUUGUUUUGUAUAGGUCUUUUUGGUGAUAUUUACUUAAAAAAAAACAAACCCUGUUCUGUCAUAAACCAAGUCCAUGUAACCUGUAGUGUCCUAGUUGGUAACGUGUGAAUAGCAGUGCAAUGAUUAGUGAUGCAAAAUGACCUGAGAGCCAUGAAAUGGGAACCUCUGGGGAACUUUUAUAUGCUCUUUCUUUCCUGAAGAAAGCUAAAGUGACCUUGAAAGAGAACAUUUGCCUUAAAUUUUAGUAUGCAGGUUGGUUUGUUCUUUUUUUUUUUUUCCUGAAAGGAAAUCUGUUGAUGACUUUAGUGAAGAAGGGGGUGUGUGGAAUCCAGUCCUUUCCACUGAAUUUAUCCCAAUUUGCUUGUGUGUGCACCCAGACUGCAGUUUUGCAUGAUCAUAAUCAUUGCACUACUAUACAUAACCUUUUUACAGCAACGCUGAGGAAUAGCACUACAAUUUUUUUAAAAGCAAUUUUCAAAUAUUUCUAAACCAGGGAAUAGUUUUCUUGUUUAAAAUUAAUGAGUUUGACGCAUGAAGUGAACUGUUAGGUUAUUUUUAAAAGACCAUCAUAAACAACUCCAAAGAAUGCUAGACUUAUAUGCCUAUUUUUUUGUAAAGAUACUUUUAUAUUUAACUGAUUUUAGAAGCUGGAAAGUGCUAUUCCUGCUAGGUUGUUCUUGGAAUAUUUAACAUUCUGCAAUAACGUGGAAAAUGCUCACAUAAACACUUUUAUACACUAAUUUUUUUGGUAAGCACUGGCUUUCUGAAAACCAGCCUGACUUUUACAGGCGUCCUGCUUUUGCUACUUUAUAUACCCAUGGAGUUAGUUUGACAUAGAAGAGGUAGAGAACCAGAUCCAUAUUUGUAUACAUGGCUUGUGGUGCCUUGUCUUGCCUUCCUAGAGCUAGAAUUCCAAUAUAAAGGCAGUUAGUAAAUCCUGUUACUUGUCUUUCAAAGGCAACUGUGUUAGAUACACUUAGUCCCUGUUCUGAUUUAUUGCAGAGGUGUUUAGGCACAGAAAGGAAAUGCUGCAGAGUGACCUGGUUAGGAAAACCUAAACUGUAGCCUUUUAAUAAUCACUGUAUUCUAAUGUCACGUUCUCCUCCUGAAUAAAGUUUCUCAGCCAUAAUAAUCCUCUGUAGGGGCUCAGUCUUUGCUACAACGUGACAUCUAGAAAAAAAUCUUUUUUAUUUAGAUAACAACAUUUUUAGUGACUAUAGAGGGUAAAAAAAAAAACUCCCCAGCCCUCACUGGUUUGGUGCUCUUUGCUAUCAUAGCUCACCUUUAAAAACAAAACUGUAGGAAGCAACGUGACUGUGGGCAUGUCCUUUAAAGUUCUGAACUCCCCUUUAAAAAAAGCAGAUGAGGUGGCCCUUGGCAGUUGUAGGGAUGGAGGUUUAGGAGCCCUUUUCCAAGCAGGUCAGCCCUGCUGUGGUGCACAGGCCCCGGGGGGGUGAGCACCAAACUCUGGGAUGCAGUUUCUGGGGUGCAGCUGCUGCAAACAAAUCCCCAGCUCCUUAAACACCACUUGAUAAUAAAUCCUCUCUGCUUUUUAGGCAAUCUCCAAACCAUCGUAGCUCGUUCUCCUCAGUGUUUUAACGAUUGUUGUCUGAGAGCUUGUAAACAAAGGCAGAGCUCUGCCUGUAACUAAUGCAUUUCUUAUCUCCCAGCGGGGCCCGGGUUGUGAUGGCUGGUAACUGUCCUGGGUGAGAGCACUCGCUGUCCCUCGGGCUUCCUGCUGCACACUUUUGUUGUGGCAGGAGCUGCCCAGCCCCUCCUGGCUUCGGGAGAGCCCAGGAAUGUCCUGGAGAGGAGCUGCUCUCACCUCCGGAGGUGAUCCCUGCAGAGCACUGGGGGAAGGCUCAGCGUCUGGUGUGGGCAGAGCACUUUCAUCUGGCCCCAAUCACCAGCUCCACAUUAAUUAAAAAAACCCUUUCAUAACUAUGUAAAUUCUUGACUUCUGUCAACUUGUUUACAAUCUGAUCUUUAAAUGCAUUUUUAAUUUCAUCAAACAGCAAUUAAUCUGCCCCCUGUUUAAAUUUAAAAUGCUGCUUCAAGCCCCUUCUACAAUUUAAAAACAGCAGUUACCCUUUCAAGUUGGCAUUCCAGUUUGCAAGUUGGUUGCAUGUAUUAGCAUGCUGAAUAACUUACUUUAUUCUCAAGCUGAAAUAUGCUUAAAUUCGCAUUAAAACAGGUGACUUGUGUAUUUCCUGAACACAAAGGGAAAAUCCAUCAUCUGCACCCUGUUUUUGUGUGGGAGAACAGAUUAUCCUAUAUAUGCAUGAGUAGGGUGUUGGGUUUUUUUCCCCUUAACAAAGCUUUCCUUCUCCAAGAGAUCCCUUCUGUGGAAGAGCUGCCUGUUGAACAAGAGGCAUGUGAACUUCUGGAGCAAUUCCAUGCUCUCCAAAGCUUCCCUGUCCAGCUCUUCCCUGCUGCUCCCCGUGGAUGUCCCACACACACAGUCCCUCCCUCGUAGCAUUUCCCCCCCCUCCAUUUGCAUUUUCCCAUAAAAUUGCUGUUUUUUUCCACAGUGGGCAUGUCUGGACCAGAUUGAGAGCUGCGUGCAGCUCCAUGAUAAGAAGAGAGAUGUAAUCAAAUUUUUAUGCUAAAGCAGCAAAUUAGCAUUUGGUAUCAAAGGAGCACAGACGUGAAUAAGUGGAAGGUGCUGGAGCCAAACCCGCCGAUGCCUAUCUGGGCGCAGAACAAAACGUGGCGAAGCACAGUCAGCUUUGUUGUGCUCUUUGCCACUCAGAACUAUCUGAGCACAUCCAAUUAAUAUUUUCCAGGAGGAGGCUUUAUCCCAAGUGGUAAAAAAAAAACAAAAAAAAAAUAUUUCAUCUGCCUCAGAACCUGUGCCACCAACUCCUGACACUUCGCUUCUGGAGGAGGUGGGAGCAGAAUUGGGAUCCCGUCAAGGAUUGGAGCGUUGUUUGCAGAAAUACUUGAAGAGUUGAUACAAUUUAUUGUAGUUUGCUUGUGUCUUUCACUCUCUGGAACAUCUUUUACAGAUAUACCAGUAUACUGCUGGCAGCUAUUGUUAAAUAAAAUUAUAUUUUCACUA